AUGGUUUCAAGAUAUGAUUUUAUAAAGGAUCUUAAUCCUACAAAGGAGGACUGGAGGAUUAAGGUUAAGGUUGUUCGAUCUUGGCAGGUUCCUAACUUUCAGCGUAAAGGUUUAGGCGACAAUGUUGAGAUGGUUCUGUUGGAUGAACGUGGUGGAAGGAUCCAUGCCACUGUGAAGGGAACUCUUCAGGUUCGGAAAAAAAUCACGGAUGGAGAAGUGUAUUUUAUUAAAAAUUUCGGAGUUGGAUUCAGUAGCGGUAAUUUUAGGCCAACCCGUCAUGAGUAUCAUCUGUCUUUCAACUUGAGGACUGAUGUUAGAUCAAUUGUUCAACCUAAUUUUCCUGCCAAUGUAUUUGAUUUUGUUGAUUACGAUGUCAUUGAGAAAGAAUCGUCUGAUUCUCCUUAUUUAGUAGACGUCAUUGGUUUACUGUCAGGAGUUGGGGAAGUGUGUGAGCAUGUAGUUUCCGGCAGGAAGACAAAGAUGAUUGUGGGUCACAAGUUGGAAUGCACUUUGUGGGAGCAUUAUGUGGAUGAGGUACAGACUUUUUUGGCAAGCAAUGACACUCCUCAUAAGCUUUUGUACCGUGUUAUAAAUCGAUGGGUGUUCAUUGUUUCUGUUUUGGAUAGUCUAUCGUCUAAUGGUGUGGAAAGUAGUUUGAAAUUGACUCAAUUGUCUACUCAGUCCUCAUAUUCAUACGAAAGUGAUUUCCUUAAGGAGACCGAUAGAAAGUCAAUCAAUGAUAUCAAGCUGUGUAGUGAGGUAACCACGUGCAUCACUUAUGGGACUAUAAAAUCAAUUGAAAGCAGACACAACUGGUGGUACAGGUCGUGCAAUAGGUGUCCAUUUUCCGUUUGUGAAGAUUUUGAAAAAGGAUUUAGUGUUCAAGUCAGAGUUGUGGAUAACACGGAUUCUGCUUCUUUUUUGCUGUUUGAUCGAGACUGUGUUACUUUGUUGGGAACAAGUGCUGUUGAAUUGCGCGAGUUGCAUUUCAAAAGGGGUGCUGAUACAGAACAAUAUCCCGAGCAACUAAAUGUUCUGAAUGAGAAAUCCAUGCUGUUUAAGAUUAAUGAUGAAGCAACUUUCGAUAAUGCUCGCGAAAAUGAAAUUUUAUCAUUAGAACCAGAAAAGGCUGCGGAUGUUGAAAGUCAGACGUGUGACAGUGCUGAUGUUGGUGACAUUUCUCUAACUUUAUUGACACCUGUGAUGAAUUCUCAUGUUCUAAUGUUGAGGAAUUUAAGUAUUCGGUUUGAUGCGAAAGCGUAUACAAAUUCUCAGUGA